AGAGGGCGCCAUGCCUUGCCAUUCCCCAGCUGGACCCACACAGUUUCCCAGCGACAGACACAUAAAAUAAUGAGCAGAUCCUAAACACUAACUUUAUCUGUCCGAUUUGGAAACAUUCACAGCGACGUGUGUCCUCUUUGAACCCCUAAACCAUGGAGCAGACUGCGCCUAAAAGCAAGCUGAAAAAGCUCAGUGAAGACAGUCUGACCAAACAACCGGAGGAGGUGUUUGAUGUCUUGGAGAAACUUGGUGAAGGCUCCUAUGGGAGUGUGUAUAAGGCCAUACACAAGGAGUCGGGCCAGGUGGUGGCCAUCAAGCAGGUCCCCGUGGAGUCGGACCUGCAGGAGAUCAUUAAGGAGAUCUCCAUAAUGCAACAGUGUGACAGUCCUUAUGUGGUGAAGUAUUAUGGAAGUUACUUUAAGAACACAGACCUGUGGAUCGUCAUGGAAUACUGUGGAGCAGGCUCUGUUUCUGACAUCAUCAGGCUGCGCAACAAAACGCUGACGGAGGACGAGAUCGCCACCAUCCUGAAGUCCACCCUGAAGGGGCUGGAGUACCUGCACUUCAUGAGGAAGAUCCACCGGGACAUCAAGGCCGGCAACAUCCUGCUCAACACGGAGGGGCACGCCAAGCUGGCCGACUUCGGGGUCGCCGGACAGCUCACGGACACCAUGGCUAAGCGCAACACCGUGAUCGGGACCCCGUUCUGGAUGGCUCCGGAGGUCAUCCAGGAGAUCGGCUACAACUGCGUGGCGGACAUCUGGUCCCUGGGCAUCACGUCCAUCGAGAUGGCGGAGGGCAAGCCCCCGUACGCAGACAUCCACCCCAUGAGAGCCAUCUUCAUGAUCCCCACCAACCCGCCCCCGACCUUCAGGAAGCCGGAGCUCUGGACGGACGACUUCACAGACUUUGUGAAGAAGUGCCUGGUGAAGAACCCGGAGCAGAGGGCCACCGCCACACAGCUGCUGCAGCAUGCUUUCAUCAGCCAGGCCAAGCCGGUGGGCAUCCUGAGAGACCUGAUCACCGAGGCCAUGGAGAUGAAGGCCAAGAGGCAGCAGGAGCAGCAGAGAGAGCUGGAAGAGGAGGAGGACAACUCGGACGAGGAGACGGAGGUGGACUCCCACACCAUGGUGAAGUCGGGCCCCGAGGGGCCCGGCACCAUGAGGGCCACGGGCACCAUGAGCGACGGGGCCCAGACCAUGAUCGAGCACGGCAGCACCAUGUGCGAGCUGGACCUGGGCACCAUGGUCAUCAACAGUGACGAAGAGGAGGAGGAGGAGGAGGACCAGAGGUCCAUGAGGAGGCACCCCACGUCCACGCAGCCCAUGCGGCCGUCCUUCAUGGACUACUUUGACAAGCAGGACUCCAACAAGGCGGCGCAGCAGCAGGAGAAGUACAACCACAACCAGCCGCAGGAGCAGCCCGCCUACCACAUCCAGGCCAAGAGCGUCUUCCCCGACAACUGGAAGGUGCCCCAGGACGGCGACUUCGACUUUUUGAAGAACCUGGAGUUUGAUGAGCUGCAGAUGCGUCUGACGGCGCUCGACCCCAUGAUGGAGCGGGAGAUCGAGGAGCUGCGUCAGCGCUACACCGCCAAGCGCCAGCCCAUCCUGGACGCCAUGGACGCCAAGAAGCGGCGGCAGCAGAACUUCUGAGCGACUCUCACCCCCACCCUCCCCCUUCGCGGUCCGACCUUUGGUAGCCUGUACGUCCCUCCUCCUCCUCCUCCUCCCCCCCUCAACCCUCCCCCCCUCAACCCUCCCCCCCUCCAACAAUCACCCCGCUCGGACAAUCUUAUUUUGGCACGAACGGGAUCGUUUUCCCACAGCAAGACUCUUGAGAAACAAUGGUGCGUUCGUCUCUCUGCGAUCGUUCUGGAUCCGCACGGGAACGGUGGCUAGCUUGAGCUACGAUCGCUAAGUCGCAGCCGCUGAGCUACGAUCACUAGCGCAGGGCCGCCGAGGUACACUCCCGCCGAGGACAGAGCGGACGGUGGGCCGGCUCGGGGGGGAUCGUGAGGUGUUUGUCCCUUUUCUUCUCAAUGUUACAGCCCGCACGUCAUGUACGCGCGGGCCUCGCUACUUUGCUUCUCGUGGAGUCUCUGACUUUGUGUACCGCCGCCGCCAACACUCCAGGACAGUCGUUGUUUUAUUGUUUUGUAUCAGCUCCCACUACAGCCAGCCCAGGAUCUCGCCACUCAAUUAAAUGCUUGGAUCUUUAUUUUUAUUUUUUUGUUGUUGUUAAUCUUCCUGGAGCCACUUAAAACAAAACCUAAUGAAGGAGAUAUAAUGUGGCAGAGUCGUAACUUUAUCACUGCGUUAUUUAACUUGUGCGAGGUGGAGAAUGUUAAUAGACUAAUUGAUUGCAUUCCUCCCUUUCUGGAAACAUCAGCAGGAAGGUAAAGCGGCCAAGCUGACAAAACGACCAGGCGUCUAAUCUGCUGCUUUUUGAUGUAAAAAUAUGUAAAAGAAUUUAGUGUGUCCCUAAAACAAGCUGUGGAGCUUCGCCUAUGACCAAAGACAAUCAUGAAGAGGAUGAUGAAGAAGAAUGCCUUAAAAUGUGGUUGAAAGCGGGUUUUCAAAAGGAGGAAGUGAUGCGAUCUGAGUUGGAGAGAUCGAACGAUAAAGCGUCUUCGCUGGCUGGUUUUCAUAUGAUGUAAUCUAUUGGGAAAGCCGGAAUGUCGGUGGAAAUGGGUUGGAAUGAUCUGGAAGGAGGGAGAGGUCCCAGACCUCAUAGGUCUAGGUCUGGAGUGGUUCAUGGGCCAUGAUAUUUUAACAUUUCAGUUUAAUCCUUUGUGAUUUAUUUUUUGAUUUGAUAUGUGAAAUGAUAAACCACCUUCUCGUUAGCUUCAUAAUGCAUACUUUAUAAAGUGCACAUUAAGUCUCCUGUGUGAUUUUGGUUUUCCUUUCACGCUAAACAAUCUUUUUUUGUGUAUACAAUUAUUUAUCUUUUUCCAUUAUUUAUUUUUCUUUGGAUGGAUCAGUAUCUCGCUGAUUUACCUUUCACAAGACAUUCACAUUCCUCCAUCAUUCUGGUCAUACUUGAUUAUUUUCUUCCACUCUUUUGAUUUAUUCAAGGGCUGUUUCAAAAUGGUGGCCUCCUCCCCUUAAA